AUGGCGCCGCAAACCACCGCAGCCGGCGGCGGCGGAGGAGAGGAGGCGGUGGAGGAGGCCAGCACUCUCCGGCACCGCCACAACGCUGCCAAGAACGGCGGCGGCGAGGAGGAGGACGGGGUGGCCUCCUCCCAGUCCCAGCUGCUGGCCGGCGAGGGGGAGGGGAACGCGGCGCUGUCGGUGGAGCGCGCGUUCGCGGAGCAGGCGGUGCCGUCGUGGCGGGAGCAGCUGACGGUGCGCGCCUUCGUGGUGAGCUUCUUCCUGGCCGUCAUGUUCAGCAUCAUCGUGAUGAAGCUGGGACUCACCACGGGGAUCAUCCCCUCGCUCAACGUCUCCGCGGGGCUCCUCGGCUUCUUCUUCGUCCGCCUCUGGACCGCCGCCAUCGAGAGGGUCGGCCUCCUCAGGCAGCCCUUCACGCGCCAGGAGAACACCGUCAUCCAGACCUGCGUCGUCGCCGCCUAUGACAUCGCCUUCAGCGGUGGAUUUGGCACAUACUUGUUUGGCAUGAGCGAAACCAUCGCCAAGCAAGCAACAGAGGCUGACAAUCCUCAAAAUGUCAAAAAUCCUCACAUCGGAUGGAUGAUAGGGUUUCUCUUCCUUGCCAGUUUUAUUGGCCUAUUUGCUCUUGUGCCUCUAAGAAAGGUUAUGAUUGUUGACUACAAGCUUACAUAUCCAAGCGGCACAGCAACUGCUUAUCUCAUCAAUGGUUUCCACACGCCAGAGGGUUCCAAGCUUGCAAAGAAACAAGUAAAAACUCUUGGAAAAUUCUUCUUGUAUAGCUUCCUUUGGGGCUUUUUCCAGUGGUUCUACACUGGUGGAGAUAAUUGUGGAUUUCAGAACUUCCCUACAUUAGGCCUUCAAGCUUAUAAGAACAGGUUUUACUUCGAUUUCUCUCCUACCUAUGUUGGAGUUGGGAUGAUAUGCCCGCACAUUGUGAACGUGUCUGUUCUACUGGGAAGCAUACUUUCCUGGGGAAUAAUGUGGCCUCUCAUUCGAAACAAGAAGGGGAGUUGGUACUCUGCCAGUCUCUCAGAAAGCAGUCUUCAUGGACUGCAAGGUUACAGGGUUUUUAUAUCCAUUGCUAUAAUUCUUGGAGAUGGCCUGUACAACUUUGUGAAGGUGCUCAUUCGCUCUACCGCUGCAUUUAUAUCAAUGAUGAAGAAAAACAGCACACUUCCGGUUUCAAACAAUGGCAGCCCCAUCACUGAAGCUGUUUCGUUUGAUGACGAACGCCGCACGGAGCUGUUCCUGAAAGAUCAGAUCCCCAGAUCAGUUGCCUAUGGAGGGUACGUGGCUGUCGCUGCCAUCUCAAUCGGCACUCUUCCUCAGGUCUUCCCGCAGCUCAAGUGGUACUACAUCCUGGUCGCAUACGUAUUUGCACCUGUGCUGGCCUUCUGCAACGCCUACGGGACUGGCCUCACCGACUGGUCCCUCGCGUCCACCUACGGCAAGCUCGCCAUCUUCAUCUUCGGCGCGUGGGCUGGCGCGUCCAAUGGCGGCGUCCUCGUGGGGCUGGCCGCCUGCGGCGUGAUGAUGAGCAUCGUGUCGACGGCCGCCGACCUGAUGCAGGACUUCAAGACCGGGUACCUGACGCUGGCGUCGCCCAGGUCGAUGUUCAUCAGCCAGGUGAUCGGCACGGCAAUGGGCUGCGUCAUCGCGCCCUGCGUCUUCUGGCUCUUCUACAAGGCCUUCACCGACAUCGGCAUCAGCGGCAGCGAGUACCCGGCGCCGUACGCCAUCGUGUACCGGAACAUGGCCAUCCUCGGCGUGGACGGCUUCUCGUCGCUCCCCAAGAACUGCCUCACCCUCUGCUACAUCUUCUUCGCGGCGGCCAUCGUCGUUAACCUGAUCAAGGACCUGGUGCCGAAGAAGGUCGCCAGGUUCAUCCCGCUGCCGAUGGCCAUGGCGAUCCCGUUCUACAUCGGGUCCUACUUCGCCAUCGACAUGUUCGUCGGCACCGUGAUCCUCUUCGCGUGGCAGAUGAUCAACAGGGCCAAAGCCGACGCCUUCGGACCUGCGGUUGCGUCAGGGCUGAUCUGCGGCGAUGGCAUCUGGACCCUGCCGCAGUCCAUUCUUGCGCUCGCCAAGGUGAAGCCGCCGAUCUGCAUGAAGUUCCUGUCCAGGUCGGUGAACGCCCAAGUGGACGGCUUCCUCGGAAAUUAA